AAUUAUUAAAAAAUGAACGCGCCACCAACAUUCGAGUCAUUCCUUCUUUAUGAUGGAGAAAAGAAAAUUAUCAAAGAACAGGACACCAAAGUUCCCAACGCUGCAAUUUUUACGGUCAACAAAGAGGACCAUACUCUUGGAAAUAUGAUCAGAAAUCAAUUAUUAAAGGACCCACAUGUUUUAUUUGCUGGGUACAAAGUGCCUCAUCCUCUGGAGCAUAAGUUUGUGAUCAGGAUCCAAACAACGUCCGAUUAUACACCACACGAAGCGUUUAUGCACGCGAUCACCGACUUAAUUGCUGAGCUUUCAUUGUUUGAAGAAAGAUUCAAAGACGCUAUUAAAGAAAAGAAAGAAGGAUUGGAUUAA